AUGAGAUGUGUUUCGAGACUGUUUUAUGCUCUGUUAUCGCAACCCGGUUUCAUUAAAACCCAUCUUAUUCAUUCGACCCAAAACCACAAAAAAGAUGAUGAAAUUGUCUUGGUCUUCAACCAUGCUAACAAAGAUAAACCAUUCACUGCACACCUUUUGAAAUCGCCCGAAAUCCAAGUCAACCAUCUUAUUAAGUUACCUCAUAAUUUUCCAUCUCCAGAUUCAUUUAAUAAAUAUGAUAGUUGUAUUUUUGGUUCAGUUAAUGGUCUAAUAUGUUUUUAUACUACUCUAUCAUGUCGUUUUCGCCCCCGUUUCAUUCAUAUUUGGAACCCUUCUUUAUCGGCUCUAGUGACUCUACCAGGACCUAAGCCUAAUGUUUAUCCAAUUGAAUAUUGUCGUUUUGGAUAUGAUCCCAAAACCGAUGAUUACAAAGUUGUCAAGCUUUCGUAUGAUUUUUUGACGGAUUUAGUUGAGGUGUACAGUAUGAAAAAACACUCAUGGAAAUCAGUCAAAGAAAAGUUUCCGUCCAAUAAUAUUGAAAGUGAGAUUGUUUUGUUUAACGAAGUUUGUAUAGAUAGUCAUGAUGGUCAUGUUCAUUGGCUUCGUAGACAUGUUGUUGAUGAUCUUGAUAAUUUCUUCUUGGAGAUAAUAGCAUUUGACUUAGGUACGGAAACGUUCAGUUUGAUAUCUCUUCCGAAUUCCAUCUCAAAUUUAGACUGGGGUUACAUAUAUGGGUCUAAUAAUUUGUCUUUUGGUUACUGGGCUGGAAAGCUUUGUGUAAUGGCACACGUAGGACAUGAUGAAUUUGAUGAAUUUGAGGUGUGGGUGAUGAAUGAGUAUGGAGUAGCCGAAUCUUGGGUCAAACAUCAUAAUUUCUCUUCAAAGUUUAGUGGUACUCAUAUCGAUCCAAUUGGAUUUACAUUAGAUAAUAAGUUCCUUUAUGGAGUUGGCAGUCAUUUAGCCUCGUACGAUCCGGAUACAACCCAGGUUGCAUCCUUUAGUAGUUAUUCUCGUCGAAGUGUAUGUACCAAAGUUGUUCACUAUAUUGACUCUCUUAUUUGGGUAGCGCCAAGAAAAAAGUAUGCUAGUACGCGUUGCAAAAAGGACGGUAUCAGAAAAAUCCCAAAAAAGAGGCAAAGUUUAAUAAUCUAUAGGAAGUUAAAAGAAAUUCAAAGGAGGACAAAAUUGCAGCAUCUAGCAAGGCAUUAUUGGCAUGGUUGA